ACAGCAAGAGUCAAAAACGAUAAUGUCAAUACUCGGUCAAGAAGAAAUCAAAGACUACAAAACGAUACUAAAGCAACUGUUUGCAGAAUUCCUGGGAACAUUUCUGUAUAUUUCCAUAUGUCUAUUAGCUGGAACAAACAUUGAACCAAAUGUUGUAGCGGUAGCACUGGCCAACGGACUCCUUAUCGCGUCAGUUGUCCAAAUAAUUGGACAAAUAUCUGGAGGACAUAUCAACCCUGCUGUAACAGUAGGUGUUUUUGCUUGCGGACGUAUUAAAUUGAUGAAAGCAUUUCUCUACAUCAUUGCCCAAAUCCUCGGCAGUUUGAUUGGAUCAACAGUGGCGUAUGCUAUCACAGACAGCGACUCCAGACACGAGCUGGGAGCAACUGUUCCCCGUAAAGAACUAAGGGCCGACCAAGUUUUCGGACUUGAAUUUAUAAUGACGUUCGUAUUAGUCGCAGUUGUUUUAAGUGUGCUGGAUACGAAACGAUCUGACAGAGGACUUGGUUCCGCACCCUUGGCGAUUGGUUUGAGCGUAACUGCCUGCCAAGUCUCCGCAUUUUUGUAUACAGGAUCGCUUAAUCCGGUGAGAUCCUUGGGGCCGGCGGUGGUUAUGAAUAUUUGGACCAAACAUUGGGUUUACUGGAUUGGGCCAAUUCUAGGAGGUUUGACUGCUGGUUUAAAUUACAGAUUUAUUUUUGGAAAGCAUUUUUACAACGGCGAGAACGAUUUUACAGAGGGAGAAUAAAGUUAUUUAGGUAUUUAUACACAUUAUUGUUUCUUAACUCUUAUACUAAUAUAAA